CAUCUGGUAAUUCAUCAUCCCCUUCACUUUAUGGGUGAAGCCCAUGAAUCAGGGAAGGAGCCUUUCAGCUGCAAAUAACAGAAAAUUAAACUUAAAUUGGCUUAAUAAAGGGGAUUUGUUGACUCAGAACGGAAAAGCACAGUGGGAAGAUUUAAGAAUGACUUCCCUCUUGACUUACACUUUAAAAAAUCUUCCCAGUACAUCACAAUGGGCCCUCAGAUUUUCUGUGAGGCCUCUGAGCUGUUCCUCCCAGUUACAAGCUGCCGCAGCUGUCCAGACAAAAUCGAAGCAAACCUUAGCCAAACCCAACAUAAGGAACGUUGUGGUGGUGGAUGGUGUCCGCACUCCAUUUUUACUGUCAGGCACUUCAUAUAAAGACCUGAUGCCACAUGAUUUGGCUAGAGCGGCGCUUUCGGGUUUGUUGCAUCGGACCAGUGUCCCAAAGGAUGUUGUUGAUUAUAUCAUCUUCGGCACAGUUAUACAGGAAGUGAAAACAAGCAAUGUGGCUAGAGAGGCUGCCCUCGGAGCUGGCUUCUCUGACAGGACUCCUGCUCACACUGUCACCAUGGCUUGCAUCUCUUCCAACCAAGCCAUGACCACAGCUGUCAGCUUGAUUGCUUCCGGCCAGUGUGACGUGGUUGUGGCAGGUGGUGUAGAGUUAAUGUCUGACGUCCCUAUUCGCCACUCAAGGAAAAUGAGGAAGAUGAUGCUGGAUCUCAGUAGGGCCAAGACUCUGGGUCAGCGACUGUCUUUAAUCUCUAAAUUCAGAUUGAAUUUCCUGUCACCCGAGCUUCCAGCAGUGGCCGAGUUCUCCACCAGUGAGACCAUGGGCCACUCUGCAGACCGACUGGCUGCCGCCUUUGCUAUUUCUCGGCUGGAACAGGAUGAGUAUGCACUGCGCUCACACAGCCUGGCCAAAAAGGCGCAGGAUGAAGGACUCCUUUCUGAUGUCGUGCCCUUCAAAGUACCAGGAAAAGAUACAGUUACUCAAGAUAAUGGCAUUCGUCCUUCCUCCCUGGAGCAAAUGGCCAAACUAAAACCUGCAUUCAUCAAGCCCUAUGGCACAGUGACAGCUGCAAAUUCUUCUUUUCUGACCGAUGGUGCAUCUGCAGUGCUGAUUUUGGCAGAGGAAAAGGCUCUGGCCAUGGGUUAUAAGCCGAAGGCAUAUUUGAGGGAUUUCAUGUACGUGUCUCAGGACCCAAAAGAUCAGCUUUUACUUGGACCAACAUAUGCUACUCCAAAAGUUUUAGAAAAGGCAGGAUUAACAAUGAAUGAUAUUGAUGCUUUUGAAUUUCAUGAAGCUUUCUCAGGUCAGAUUUUGGCUAAUUUGAAAGCCAUGGAUUCUGACUGGUUUGCACAAAACUACAUGGGUAGAAAAGCCAAGGUUGGAUCGCCUCCUUUGGAGAAGUUUAACAUCUGGGGUGGAUCACUCUCCCUGGGACACCCGUUUGGAGCCACUGGCUGUCGGUUGGUCAUGGCAACUGCCAACAGAUUGCAGAAGGAAGGAGGCCAGUAUGGGUUAGUUGCCGCCUGUGCAGCUGGAGGGCAGGGCCAUGCUAUGAUAGUGGAAGCUUAUCCAAAAUAAUAGAUCAAGAAGAGGUGACCUGGAGUUUCUGUGCAACACUCACCCUAGGCAAUGCCAUUUCAAUGCACUACUCAGUGACAUCUAUAGUUCCUAGCUCCUCUUAGGAAAACAAAAUUUGUGGCCUUCUUUUAAGUACUUUGCAGUUAAGCCUUGCCAGUGUUCUGAGCUUUCCAAUAAUCAUGGCUUAUUACUCUUUCAGGAAUUUCUUAGUUACCAGAAUCUCUCAACAGUGAUAAGUUUAAGCAAUUGUGUUUGGUCUCUAUUUUUAUGAAAGGCUGAAUGAGUGGUUGCAGUUUUGCAAAGAAUUUAGCUGAGAUUUGGAAUCACCUUUGUAACAUUUGCAAAUUAUAGCUCAUUCCUAUUUGUGACCUAAAGAUAAAUGUUUUCUAUAAAAUACAAACCAAUGUGCCUGAAUUUAACUUAAUUAUGGAAAGGUAAUUCAGAAUCUAAACAUCACUGAAAAUUUACAGUAAAUGUUUAGAUAAUAUAAAUACCAUGUUGGUUAACCUUAAUAAAGUAGAGAAGUAUCAGAGAACCAUUUGCAUUGUUUUAUUAGAGGUAAAAGGUGGUUCUCUUGGCUUAGGGACAGAUUUUGCCUUGGAUUACUCAUUUGUAACUUCUAACCAUUUUAGUCAACCAUGAAGCCACUAGGAACAUAAAGAAGGUCCUGCUUUAGAAUAACACCAUUUUUUCCCCAGUGCCCAAUUGAAAUAAAUUUAUUUUAUCAUUUGGA